GCCGGGCCCGUCCUACCCUCGAACCCAGGCCCUCGGGCCCCCGGCCAGGAUCCACUAAGGGUCCAACUCUGCAAAAUGCCUCAGGAGGGGAAACUGGAAGGUUAAAUAGAGUCCUGCAUGAACCAGAAAUCUGGGCCUCUCAGCAACUGGCCUGAAGAUGCGGCAUCCAAGCAGUAGUAGCCCAGAAAUUUCUAGGUAGCCCCAUUUCUUGGGGAAUUCCAGAGUCAUGCCCCAGUUUGCUGAGGCUGUUUGGCUCCAGCACGUACCCGAGAGCAAGAUGACUUUGGGCCCCAAGGCCUCCGAGUUUCGGUUUUCCACAGUGGGGCAGGCGUCGCUAUUCAGUUAUGGUAUGCUAGCGAAGAAUGUUCCUUCAGGAAGAUUCAGCUCCCGGGAGACUUUAUAAGGGGUCAGCCCCGCAGAUGGGCAUUUUUACCUGCUUCCCCGCAAGCCGCUGAGAAUGGAACCUCCGAGCUCAUUUCCCCAGCAACCCACUGUCUGUGAGAAUCCCCAGACUGAAUGCCCAGCGGCCUCAAAAGGCAAUCAGUCAAAGACAAACGACCUCUCGGUGGGAAAGGAGGCCCACGGGAUCGGCCGGCCCACCCAGAAGAAUCCAGAGUCAUUUUUCAAUGCCGUCCUAAGGUUUCCGACCGAGGAGAUAAAGAACAACGCAAAGAUCCAGGCUAUUACUCCGAAGCCGCCCCGGAAGCCAAAGCUCGAGCGGACGGCUUCCCUAGACGAGAGGGGCUGGAGGGGAAGGCAUUUUCGAACGAGCCAAGAAAGCUGGACGGACCCGAACGAGACAAGUUCGUCAAAUGGUUCUCUGCAGGAGGGAGGCCCCAGCCCCCCGCCCGUAGGUAAAGCGGCCCAUCCCGCCAGCCAGCCGCUCCGCGGCCUGAACCUCUUGCAGAGCACUUCCUUGCAAGACAUCCCCGAGCCGGGAGGCUUGCGAAAUAGUUCCGACCCCUCUUCCCGCUUGGAAAAGCGUCGGGGUCUGAUGCCCAGUGCUUCCCUGGAGCUCCUCCCCGGGAUCCCGGGAUUGGGAAGCAAACUUCGACUGUCCAAAGUAGUGCCCUUGCGAGCCCUUCCCCCCGUGGAGCUGAACGUGGCAUCUCACACCCUGAGGACGGCUAAUCGGAUCGACUCGGACAGUGCAGAUUACAGGCAUCACGUUCGGAAUAAACUGGUCCGGACCAACAGCACCCUGAGCGACUCCAGGCUGUCCAGCGGCAUGGUCUAUGACAGCAGCUCCACGGCCUCCAUGAAGUCUUCGUUUAGUCUACUGACACCCAUCCGCUCCAAGGACGUUCGAAGCAGGGCAAACUACAGGACUGGCAUGGGAAAGCACUUGGAAUCAGCAGGAAUAUUUGAAGGAAAUGCCAAAAGGAGCUACUUGGAAGGAAGCCUCUUAGCUAAUGGUGCCUUGUUGGGAGCAGAAGAACUGGUUCGCUAUUUCCCAGAUCGGAACAUUGGCCUUUUCGUGGCCACCUGGAAUAUGCAAGGCCAGAAGGAACUUCCUGAAAACCUGGAUGAUUUCUUGUUACCUUCUGAGGCUGAUUAUGCCCAGGAUAUGUACAUCAUUGGAGUGCAAGAAGGCUGCUCAGACAGGCGGGAAUGGGAGAUCCGUCUCCAAGAAACGCUGGGACCUCAUUAUGUAAUGUUGUAUUCAGCCGCCCACGGUGUGCUCUACAUGUCAGUAUUUAUAAGGAGGGACCUCAUCUGGUUUUGUUCAGAAGUGGAAUAUGCAACCGUGACAACCCGAAUUGUGUCUCAAAUCAAAACCAAAGGGGCAUUGGGGAUCGGCUUCACCUUUUUCGGCACCUCCUUCCUCUUCAUCACGUCUCACUUCACCUCUGGAGAUGGGAAAGUGUCUGAGAGGAUGUUAGACUAUAAUAAAACGAUUCAAGCACUUGCACUUCCCAGGAACGUUCCAGAUACCAACCCGUAUCGAUCCAGUUCUUCGGAUGUCACAACUCGAUUUGAUGAAGUGUUCUGGUUUGGAGAUUUCAAUUUCCGACUGAAUAGCGGACGGUUGGCUGUGGAGUCCAUUUUGAAGCAAGAUUUGGAAAUGGACAUGUCUGAGCUACUUCAGUAUGACCAGCUAAUUAAAGAAAUGAACAAAGGAUCAAUUUUCAAGGGAUUCAAAGAAGCAGAGAUUCACUUUCUCCCUUCAUACAAGUUUGACGUUGGACGAGACAGCUAUGAUACCACUUCCAAGCAGAGAACUCCUUCGUACACGGAUCGAGUCGUCUACAGAAGUCGUGUCAAAGAUGACAUUUGCCCAGUGAAGUAUUCAUCCUGCCCCGGGAUCAAGACCUCUGACCACCGACCAGUGUUUGGCCUGUUCCGGGUGAAAGUGAAACCCGGGAGAGACAACAUUCCUCUAGCUGCUGGGAAGUUUGACCGAGACCUGUAUUUAAUAGGAAUUAAGAGACGCAUUUCAAGGGAACUUCAGAGGCGCCAAGCCAUAAAGGAUCAGAAAUCCAGUGCUGUCUGUUCUGUUUCUUAAGGUGUCGUUGUCUAGCAAGUAUCGGACAAACCAUAACGCACUUCAUGUAGGGGUCAAUGUUAAAAAAAAGGGACAGGUUUCCUAUUUUGAUUCUGCUGCUAUUCAUUCCUGGACUAGAAGAAUGACUUACAAGCCAUCCUGACUGUUGAAAUGAACAACUAUUCAAACUGUGUGUAUGAAAUGUAAAAUAUUAGUGCCCCAGGGCUAUAGCUAGAUACUAAAACAUCCAAUUAUGAGAUUUCACACUCCUUGUGAGUAAAUAAACCUUGAAUUCAUUUGCAAUUCUUUUAUUCCAGGCAAAGCAACCUGCCCUUAUUGACUUUUCAGCUAAAUCUGGCCUUGGGCAAGUCAAACAAGAUAUUCUGUUGUUGUAUCAUUGGUGUAUUAGUACAAUCACUGACACUCACCGGUUGCAAAUAUUGGAACCCAUUUUAUCCCAAGGAUCUAAAAUGUCCUAAGUAAUAGUUCCCUAAUUUUUCCUGCCAAGAAUUCUUUUGGUAGCCAAAUAAAUUUCAUCUUUUCCCUCAGCCUCUGCAUCCUAAUCCUCAGCAUAGUAGCAGCUGUCCAUUUCUCAUCUGGCCAUCUUAAUUAAGAACCUCGAAGCCCUACUUGUUUCUAGGUUUGACUUCUUACACAUUCCCCACCUCUCCCCCUUCCCUCCUCCCCUCCUCUACCGGUACACUCUGCUCUGCCAUAACGUGUGUUUUCAGUAGGCUAGAAGACAAUUAGAGGAUGUUCUUUUGACAUCAUUAACCUGGCUGCACAUACCAAGGUACAGAAGAAACUGUGAGCGUACCACAGUUUCACUUUAUCUUAACGCAAAAGUCCAUAAGAAUGCAAUCCUUGUUUUAGAAAACUGCGUAUACUUCCACAAGAAAUGGAACCCAGAAAGGCGACACCCAGCACCCUGCUCCCUAUCAAUCAAUCAAUGGUAUUUAUUAACACUUACCGUGUGCAGAGCACUGUAGUAAGUGCUUGGGAGAGUACAGCUUAACAGUCAGUCCACACGUUCCCUGCCCACAACGAGCUUGGUUUAGAGAAGAGUGUCUUAUUAUUCCUGGGACAUUGCAGGUAGGGAGAUCACCUAAGGGAGGGGCGGUGCAGAGAAAUUAAUUAAAAGCCCUCAGUGCUUUGUGAAAUUUUUCUCCAAGGGCUAAAAUGCCUAGUUUCGGCAGCGAUUCUUUGCCGAUUCUGGUGCUGGCAUGUGGGGUCCCUCUGAUCUCAGAGAAGGCUCGGUUUGGCCUGGUAUCACCCCUGCCAGCAGGGUGGCAGUCCUGGAUCCUUCUUCAUUUAAGUAGGGUCCUGGGGAGGACCUCGGGCCGGAUAUGAUCCUUGGACCCUCCUGAUCUGGCCCUCGAAUUGGCACCGGGAGAUGGAGGACAAGCUCCUUGUGAACAGGGAAUGUGUCUGUUUACUGUUACAUUGUACCCUCCCCAAACGCUUAGUACAGUGCUCUGUACAUGGUGCUCAAUAAAUAUGAUUGAGUGAAUGAAUCCACCAGGAAAACAGCCAAUCAUCCGGUUGUAUUCCUUGUCGACCCAUCUAAUAUCAGCACUCCAGGUGCCCGUUUAUCCCCAUGAUUUUCCCAGACCAUCUCAAGUUCAGUUUGGAGAAAGAUCGCUCCAAAGAUCUUGGGGGAAAAGCACAUUUUCUAAGGGCUAAAUCUGAAGCUGGUUCAACCACACGGUUUGUUCAGGCCAUUUGUCCUACUCACGAUGGUUAGAAGGUAGCGGUGCUAGAAAACUGUUCAUUUUCUUUCCAGUAGCCAAAUGUACAUGGGUUGCAUUGUGGAAUUGCCGUCCUUUUGUGUUCGACCUUAGGGAUCAAAUAGAAUUAGUCUGACUUUUUUAAGAGAGUUUCUACACAUCCCUACUAUAUUGUGCAUGUUCCAUUCCAUGAGAAUGUAUCCUCUGAAUAUGCAGAAAUCAAGGUGCAUUCAAUCUGGUAUCCUAAAUUAUUUAUUUUUCCAUAUUUAUAUUUUUCAAUAAAUGUAUAUAAUGAAA